CGCAGCCCGAGCUUCCGCGCCUCGCCGGGCUCGCCGCGCGUCGGCGUCGGCGCGGCGGCCAGCGCGCCCGCGCACAGGGUCGUCACCACGCCGCAGCCGCCCACGCCCCGCGCCGCCCUCUCGCCCGCCGACGCGCCCCGCCGCAUCCUCGCCGCCUGUCAGCAGGCGUCGCUGGUCCACCACGGGAGCGCCCAGUUCCGCAGCUUCUCCAGCAGCCCCGGCCUCGUGACGACGGUGGUGGCCCCGCCCCGUGGCGCCGCGGCGCCCGCCGCCAGGAUGUGCUGCCCCACGCCCCCGGCGGGCUGUAGGUUCGUGGCCGUGGGCGCGCCGCCGCCCAGCGUGGUCGCCUCGCACCUCGCGGCGCAGGCGGCGGCGCAGCACGCGGCCGCGCACCGGCGGGCGGC